AUGAUUUUGUCAGAAUUGAGCUCCCAACUUUCAAACGCACUUUUAACAAUACAUUCCCAAAGUGUUAUGGAUGAUAAAAGUGUUAAUAAAUUUUUGAAAGAGAUUAGUAAGGCACUUUUGGAAGCUGAUGUGAAUUGUGAACAAGUGGUGCAGGUUUACAAUGGAAUUAAAGAAGAAUUGGAUAACAUGUCACAAGAUGUCAAUAGAAAAAAAAAUAUAAAACGAAUACUUAAGAAGGAAUUGUGUAAAUUAUUUGAUCCAGGAGUGAAAGCGAUCAAACCUGUCAAGGGAAAGCAAAAUGUCAUUUUAUUUAUUGGUUUACGAGGAGCUGGUAAAACAACAACAGCGAGCAAAUUUGCAAUGUUUUAUAAAAAGAAAGGUUUCAAAUGUGCAAUAGUAAACUCAAAUACAUUUCGUACUGGAGCAUUUGAUAGUCUGAGACAUAAUUCAUUAAGAGAUACCAUUCCCUUUUAUGGUAAUGUAUUUGAAACUGAUCCCAUCAAAAUUGCAAAAGAUGGUGUCGAAACAUUUAAAAAAGAAAAUUAUGACUUGAUAAUUGUUGACACUUCUGCAAGAACCAUACAAGAAGAAUCACUUUUUGAAGAAAUGAAACUAAUCUCAGAAGCAAUAACUCCAAAUGACAUUAUUCUCGUGAUGGAUAGUAAGAUAGGUCAGAGCAUCAAAGAACAAGUAACUACUUUCAAAUCCAGAAUACCAACCCUUGGGAGUAUCAUUCUUACUAAAUUGGAUGGUCAUUCUAAGGGUGGAGGUGCCUUGAGUGCAAUUGCUGCAACCAAGACACCAAUCAGCUUUAUUGGCACAGGUGAAUAUUAUGAUAGUUUGCAACCAUUUGAAGUUGAAGGUUUUGUUUCUAGAUUGUUGGGAGAGGGAAAUUACACAAUACUAUUCGGUGCAGUUCCACAAGCUAGUGACAGUACUGAAAUUUCAGUACUCAACUCUUCACUUCCCAUAAAUGGAGUUUUUACAAUGAGGGAUUUGAAAGAACAACUACUUUCAAUUGUGAACAUGGGACCACCAUCGCGUGUAUUGUCAAUGAUAUUUGGAUUUAGUGAAUUCCCAAAAAUAGAAGGUCAAGAAUAUAAGGUAAAGAAAUACUUGACUAUCAUGGGCUCUAUGAAUGAAACUGAGUUGGAUUGUGCUGAUUUUACAAAGUUAUCCGACAUGCAAUCAAGAAUUCUGAGAAUAGCAAGAGGGAGUGGAAAGAAUUCGAAAGAUGUAGUUGAGCUAUUGGACAAUUACAAGCAAUUUCAAAGCACUAAUCAUCCCAAUAUAAUUAGAAAGAAAUCUUCCAAAAUUCAAGAUGCAUUCAACACAUUCAGAAAUAAUGAAUUGGAACAUUUAGAUUGGAAUGGAAUAAUGAGGCAAAUGGGUACAAACUCUGGGCUUAAUUUGAGUGGUGUCAGUGGAGAUGGUCCACAACCUAGACGAAGAUAA